AUGUUGAAGCAUUCAUUGCUCACGGAGCAGCCGCAUAUUUGCUGUGUGAACGUGUCUGGCAUAGCUUUUGUUGUUGUGCAGAGAUGGAAGGCGCUGGACAGUCGCUUGACGGACGCUGCUAACGAGGCGCGGGACAAUGUGAAGUACCUGUACGCGCUGGAGAAGUACUGCGUGCCGCUGUACCGCGGUGACCCGUUCGCCAUCGACUCUCGGCUCGCCAGCCUUAUGUACUGCGUCCGCAACAUCUUCACCGUCUCCCGCCACUACAACACCACCGAGCGCAUCUCCACUCUGCUCUACAAGGUAACCAACCAGAUGGUGAUCGCGUGUAGAGGAUAUCUGACAAACUACGACAAGAGCGAUAUUUAUAAACAGACGAAAAGAGAAGUUGUAAAUAAAAUAGAGGUUUGCAUACAGCUUUACAUCAAUUACUACGCCUGUUUUCAAGAAAUAAAACGAGAGAUCAAGAAGAGCCAUAACGAACGGCCCUUCGACGUUUCAGACCAUCAUGUUUUCAUAAAAUUUGAGACUUUCAAAGCAAGGCUUGUUAAGAUAGAAGAUUUGUUGCAAACUGCUCUAACAUAUUCGAUCCUCAAGAGUUCCAAAAUCGAAGGAAUCGACCAGUUUGCCAAAAAAUUCGACCAAAUGUAUGAGAAGGUCCGGUACCAGAAGUACGAUCCGCUAGAGCACCGGAAGCCGGACUUCGACAUCGACUACAGCACCUUCAAGGAGAGUGUGUUGGAGACGGAGGAGGAGCUGCGGCAGUUCCUGGAAGCGCUGCUCAGCGAGACUCCGGACGUCAGGCAGUCGCUGCUCGUGCUGGCCAGGUUUGAGAAACUAGGUCUCGAGUGCCUGAAGCUCGACGAGAAGUACCUGGAGGUGCUAGAGAAGUUCCAGAACCAGAUCAACGACGUGAAGGAGCGCUACAGGUCUGAGUGGGAGGCGCCGCCCAUCCCACACAAUAUGCCGCCCGUGGCCGGCCGUGUCGUCUGGUUACGACAACUGCUCGACCGUGUCGAGCAGCCCAUGAAGAUCUUUGAGGCUAACGAGCAGGUGAUGAAGUCGUCGAGCGCGCGGCGCGCCGCCAAGCUGUACGACGAGCUGGCGGAGAAGCUGUCGAUGGACGAGACGGCGCACCACGAGGAGUGGGUGAAGCAGGUGUCGCGCACGCCGGAGCUGCUGUCGUGGCCGCUGAUGGUGCGCCACCCCAAGUCGCGGCGGCUGGCGCCCGCGCUGGACCCGGCCGUGUGGCAGGCGGCGCGCGAGGCCUACUGCAUGAUGCGCCUCGGCCUCGCAGUGCCGCACACUGUGCAGCUGCUGCUGGCGCACGAGCCGACGCUGCGCCGCUACUACGACACCGUGCGCCACCUCAUCGCCAGGAACGAUGCCGUCAGGAAGAGGAUUCCGGAGCUAUACAUCCCGCUGAUGCGUCUCCACCUCGCCAAGCUGGACCGCGCCUUCCAGGAUGGCCUCUCCAGCAUCACGUGGACCUCACUCCGCAUUCCGGAAUUUUUCGAGAAAGCCGACACAGUUCUCACAGACAUGGAGAACUUCCUCAAAGAUCUGUGCGAUCUGAAGGAGUCCCGUGUGGACGCGGUGCUGGAGAGCAUGUCGGAGGUCCGCGUGCUGGGGCUGUCCGAGGGCGCGGUGCAGGUGGCGGCCCUGCUGCGCGUGGCCGAGCAGGCGCGCGACAAGGCCAUCGAGCAGCUGCAGCUGCGGUCGCGCUGCGCAGAGGACGCCGUGCUCGAGCUCAUCAACCGCUUCAUCGCGCCGCUGCCGCUGCCCGAGGAGAAGUACCGCUGGCUGGACCCCGAGAAAGUCAACAAGGCGCCCGCCUCCGCCGCCAAGUUCACCGAGGACAUGCUGUUCCAGGAAGUGGACGUCGCCAACAUGGAAAUAUCUGCUGUUCAGCUGGAAUGUAUGAAGCUCUUCGUGUACUUCAACCUGCGCGUGAAUGAUGCGCUGAUAAGAGCGACCAGGAAGUCACUCGAAGUUUUUGAGACCCGCGCUCUCGCUUUGGGGUCGCCGCCGAGCCAGCCGCCGUUGCUGCAGGCGUACCUGGUGCUGACGCUGCCCACGGCGACUCUGCAGCCGACGCUGGAAGAGCUGCAGGCGGGUGUGGCGAAAACGCUGACCACGGCUCUCGACACGCAUCGCAGUAUUCUGCUCUGGGGACAGCGCUCCACGGCCCCAGAGGGUGCCGACUUCGCUGCAAUAGCAUCAUAUGGCAAGAACUACUUCCGCAGCGUCAUCGCCGACAACGAUGUGGACCGCACGAUGUCGACACUGAGGAAUGUUGUCACGAUGCUCAAACCGGAAGUCAACAAACUCAUAGAUCAUUAUUUGACGUAUGCUUACUUGUGGGAUAAUGACCGAGAGGAGAAAGUCAUAAAAUUUGUGGAAAAGGAUCCAAUUAUACAGGAGAUAAAGGAAGAAUUUGAGAAAUAUGAAGAGACAAGCGAACAGAUAAGGAGAAUUCCAGACGUACACGUCAUACGAACGCUAGAAAUUGUCAUGGACAAAUUCAAGGAGGCGCUGCUGAAGGAAUCGAUGGCGUGGAAGAUCCUGUUGGGCAAGUACCUGAGCCUGGCUUACCGCGCCAAGCUGGCAGAGAUGAUGGAGUUCAUCAAGGAGAAGUCGAGCGUGCUGCAGCGCAAGGUGAAGGACCUGGACGACGUGCGUGUGGCCAUGGCGUGCCUGGAGGCGGUGCGCCAGAACUUCCUGCGGCUGGACAUGGGCAUCGGCCCCAUCGAGGAGGUGUACGCCACGUUCGAGCACUACGGCGUGGACGUGCCGCGCGAGGACGCCGAGCGCGCAGACUCGCUGCGCUACGCCUUCAACAACCUGCAGCUGAGCGCCAACCAGGUGCAGCAGCUGCUCGUCGAGGUGCAGCACCCCUUCCUGCAGGAGCUGCUCGAGGGCGUCAGGACCUUCGACCAGGAGGUGCGCGACUUCGACGUGGACUUCGACGCGAACGGGCCGAUGGUGCCCGGGCUGCCGGCUCGCGAAGCCAGCGACCGGUCGCGCCUCUUCCAGGCGCGCUUCGACGACCUGUGGGAGCGCUUCGAGCGCUUCAGCGACGGAGAGCGCCUCUUCGGCCUGCCCGUCAACGACUACCCCAUCCUGCACAACCGCAAGAAGCAGCUUAACCUCCUCGGCAAGCUGUACGGCCUCUACUUGCAGGUCAUGAAGUCCGUGGACGGCUACUUCGAACUCCUCUGGUCAGACGUCGACAUCGAGGCCAUCAUCACCGAAAUCACCGACUUCCAAAGCCGCUGUCGCAAGCUCCCGAAGGCAAUGAAGGACUGGCCCGCUUUCCUUGACCUGAAGCAAAAGAUCGAUGACUUCAACGAGUCCAUUCCAUUGCUGGAGCUCAUGGCGAACAAAGCCAUGAAAGAGCGACACUGGCAAAGACUAUCUAAGCUCAUGACCUACCAAUUCGACGUAGAAGCAGAAGAUUUCAAACUGAGAAACGUGAUGGAAGCGCCGCUGCUGAAGUAUAAGGAUGACGUCGAAGACAUUUGCGUUAGCGCCAUCAAGGAGAAGGACAUAGAAGCCAAACUGAAUCAGGUAAUCGCCGACUGGUCCACAGUCCAGCUACAGUUCGCGUCAUUCAAAGGUCGUGGAGAACUGCUGCUGAAGGGAACGGAAACGAGUGAAAUCGUAUCCGCGCUCGAGGACAGCCUGAUGGUGUUGGGCUCGUUGCUUACCAACAGAUACAACGCGCCCUUCAAGAAAGACAUCCAGACGUGGGUGCACAACUGCAGCGCCACGUCGGAGAUCCUGGAGUACUGGAUGCAGGUGCAGAACCUCUGGGUCUACCUGGAGGCGGUGUUCGUCGACGGCGACAUCGCCAAGCAGCUGCCCACAGAAUCGAAGAAAUUCAUGGCUAUUGACAAGUGGUGGACGAAGAUAAUGCAGCGCGCUAGGGAGAAGCCGGGAGUCAUCGAGUGCUGCGUGAGCGACGAAACUAUGGGUCAGCUGCUGCCGUACCUGCUCGAGCAGCUCAACAGUUGCCAGAAGUCCCUGACGGGCUACCUCGAAUCCAAGAGGCUCAUCUUCCCAAGGUUCUUCUUCAUCUCUGACCCGUCGCUCCUCGAGAUCCUCGGUCAGGCUUCAGAUUCACACAGCAUCCAAAGCCAUCUGGUCGACGUCUUCGAUAAUACCGCUGAGGCGGUGUUCCACGAGAGAGAUUACGAUCGCCUGAUCGCGGUGAAGUCGCGAGAAGGCGAGCAAAUCACGCUGGAGCACGAGGUGGUGUGCGUGGGCGGAGUGGAGUUGUGGCUGGGAGCGCUCCUCAACGAACAGAAGAACUCGCUGGGCCAGAUCAUCGCCGCCUGCUACGCCUAUCUCAACGAUCCUGAGUAUGACUUCCUCGAAAUGACGAGGCGGUUCCCCUCUCAGGUUGGGCUACUAGGCAUCCAAAUGUAUUGGACCAGAGAGGCAGAGAAUGCCAUUAAGCUUUCCAGAGUGGACAGAAACAUCAUGCGUGCUACGAACCAAGCUUUCCUAGACCUACUGAACUUGAUCAUCGAGCAGACCAUAAAGGAUCUCACCAAGUAUCAACGCGUUAUGUACGAGACGCUGGUGACCAUUCAUCUACAUCAGCGCGACAUCUUCGACGCCCUCGUCAAGAUGAGGGUACGGAUCAUCACCGACUUCGAAUGGCUGAAGCAGGCGCGGUUCUACUUUUACGAGGACACGGACGAGUGCAUAGUGAAAAUAACGGACGUGGACUUCAUUUACCAGAACGAGUUCCUCGGUUGCACUGAGAGGCUGGUGAUCACGCCGCUCACGGACAGGUGCUACAUCACGCUGGCGCAGGCCAUCGGUAUGUCUCUGGGCGGAGCUCCGGCAGGGCCCGCAGGGACGGGCAAGACGGAGACCACCAAGGACAUGGGCAGGGCGCUCGGCAAGUACGUCGUCGUCUUCAACUGCUCCGAUCAGAUGGACUUCCGCGGGCUGGGCCGAAUCUUCAAGGGGCUGGCGCAGUCCGGGUCGUGGGGCUGCUUCGACGAGUUCAACAGGAUCGAGCUGCCCGUGCUCUCUGUGGCAGCGCAGCAGAUCGCCAUCGUCCUCGCGGCUAAGAAACAGCGAAAGACGGCGUUCAUCUUCAGCGACGGCGACAACGUACCGCUCAACCCGGAGUUCGGGCUCUUUCUGACUAUGAACCCCGGAUACGCUGGGCGGCAGGAACUGCCCGAGAAUCUGAAGAUCAACUUCCGCACCGUGGCGAUGAUGGUCCCUGACAGGCAGAUCAUCAUCAGGGUGAAGCUCGCCAGUUGCGGUUUCAAGGAGAACAUCGUGCUGUCUAGGAAAUUCUACACGCUUUACAAGCUCUGCGAGGAACAGCUGUCGAAGCAAGUCCACUACGAUUUUGGCUUGCGGAAUAUCUUGUCGGUCCUGAGGACGCUGGGCGCACAGAAACGUGCACAUCCGGACGAUUCGGAGAACACGUGUGUGAUGCGCGUUCUCAGAGAUAUGAAUCUGUCGAAAUUGGUCGAUGAAGAUGAGCCUCUGUUUAUCUCGUUAAUUGAAGAUUUGUUCCCAGGCAUCAAGCUGAGUACAUCCACAUACAAAGACCUUCAGCGGGCAAUUGCCCUAGCCUGUGAAGAAAUGCAGUUGGUCAACCAUCCCGAAUGGAAUCUGAAGGUGGUGCAGUUCUACGAGACGUCGCUGGUGCGGCACGGCCUGAUGGCGCUGGGGCCUACCGGUGCGGGCAAGACGACAUGCAUCCACUGCCUGAUGCGCUCGCUCACUGAGAUGGGCAUGCCCCAUCGCGAGAUGCGCAUGAACCCCAAGGCCAUCACGGCGCCACAGAUGUUCGGCCGCCUCGACGUCGCCACCAACGACUGGACUGACGGCAUCUUCUCCACCCUCUGGCGCAAGACGCUCAAGGCCAAGAAGACGGACUACAUUUGGCUGGUUCUCGACGGGCCUGUCGACGCCGUCUGGAUCGAGAACCUCAACUCUGUGCUCGACGAUAACAAGACGCUGACGCUGGCCAACGGCGACCGCAUCACGAUGGCUCCCAACUGCAAGUUGCUGUUCGAGCCGGACAACGUGGACAACGCCUCGCCGGCGACGGUGUCGCGCAUGGGGAUGGUCUUCAUCAGCGCCUCCUCUCUGCGAUGGAGGCCAAUCGUAGAGGGUUGGCUGCGCAAGCGUUCUGAGGGCGAGUACGCCGUGCUGUCGCACCUCUUCGAUGGCAUCUACGAUGACCUGCAUACCUUCGUGCAGGUCCGGCUGCACGCCAAGAUGCCCAUACUAGAGGCGAUAUAUAUUCGCCAGUGCGUCGACGUGUUGCAGGGCCUCAUCGAAAGGACAGGAGGGGAUGCAAAUAUCAGCGACCUACACCUCCAGCGGCUGUUCUUGUUUGCUCUUAUGUGGAGCCUGGGUGCUGUUCUGGAAUUGGACGACAGAGACAAGCUGGAGGAGUUCGUUCUCGAACACCCGACCAGGUACAAAUGGCCUAAACUCAACGAAGGGGAUUCGAUUUUCGAGUUCAUGGUGAACGAAGAAGGCGAAUGGCAACACUGGUCAGAAAGAGUGGAAGAGUACAUCUACCCCACAGACUCAGUCCCAGAAUACUCGAGCAUAUUGGUGCCAAACGUGGACAAUGUGCGCUCGACAUAUCUCAUGGACACCAUUGCCCGGCAAGGGAAAGCUGUAUUAUUUAUCGGUGAGCAAGGAACGGCUAAGACGGUAAUGGUGAAGGGUUACAUGUUGAACUACGACCCGGAAUUUCACCUGCAAAAGAGUCUUAACUUCUCCUCCGCCACAACUCCAAAUAUGGUUCAGAGAACAAUAGAGAGUUAUGUAGACAAGAGAGUUGGCACGACCUACGGGCCACCAGGUGGUCGUAAGAUGACCAUAUUCAUUGACGAUAUCAAUAUGCCUGUAAUCAACGAAUGGGGUGACCAAGUAACGAAUGAAAUAGUCCGUCAGCUUAUGGAAAUGAAAGGUUUCUAUUCCCUGGACAAACCGGGAGAUUUCUCAACCAUUGUAGACAUACAAUUGUUAGCGGCUAUGAACCAUCCCGGUGGCGGGAGGAACGACAUACCUCCACGACUUAAGAGACAAUUCAACGUCUUCAACUGCACAUUACCGUCCAAUCGUUCUAUGGAUAAGAUAUUCAGUGUAAUAGGCAAGGGUUAUUUCUGUAUCGAACGAUUCAAGCAGGAAAUUGUUGAUUUUGUACCAAAACUCGUGCCUUUAACUCGUCGACUUUGGCAACAGACAAAAAUCAAAAUGCUCCCGACACCGGCAAAGUUCCAUUACGUAUUUAAUCUACGAGAUUUGUCCCGAAUCUGGGGAGGCAUGCUGUACAUACAAGACGCUGAGCUUCCUGACAUCAGAACUUUGCUGAAGUUGUGGAUGCACGAAUGUAAGCGCGUCAUUUCUGAUCGCUUUACUAACGAGGCCGAUCGCGCUUGGUUCGACCUGAACAUAAGAAGCUGUAUAAAAUCUGAACUGACCGAAGAAGACAUUCAGCAUUUCGACCCCGAAGAGGAAUACUUCGUCGAUUUUCUCCGCGAACCUCCGGAGCCUACGGGUGAAGAAGGUGAAGAAGACCUGUCUCUCGAAGCUCCGAAGAUCUAUGAGAAAAUACCGAGUUUCGAGUUCGUGACGGACAAAGUGCGCACUUUCAUGGCGGGUUACAAUGAGACAGUACGCGGAGCUCAGAUGGACUUGGUGUUUUUCCGAGACGCUCUCAUCCACCUGAUGAUCAUCUCGCGCAUCAUCCGGACUCCACGCGGCAGCGCCAUGUUGGUCGGCGUGGGUGGAUCUGGCAAGCAGUCCCUGACGCGGCUGGCCACUUUCAUCGCAGGCUACCGCUGCUUCCAGAUCACCCUCACUCGCGCCUACAGCACCAGCAACUUCCUGGAAGACCUCAAGCUCUUGUACAGGGCGGCGGGCUUCGAAGGAGUCGGCGUCAGCUUCGUCUUCACCGACAAUGAGAUCAAAGAAGAAUCUUUCCUAGAGUAUCUUAACAACGUGCUGAGUGCUGGAGAGGUGGCGAAUUUGUUCGCGAAGGACGAGAUAGACGAGAUAACGGGGGAGCUUAUCCCAGUGAUGAAGGCGAAGGCGCCGAAGAGACCCCCGACGGCGGACAACUUGUACGAUUUCUUCAUCUCGAGAUCAAGAUCCAACAUUCAUUUGGUGCUGUGCUUCUCGCCGGUGGGCGAGAAAUUCCGCUCACGGGCGCUGAAGUUCCCGGGGCUGAUCUCGGGGUGUACUAUGGACUGGUUCUCCCGAUGGCCGCGGGAUGCGCUAGUCGCCGUCUCCAACCACUUCCUGAAGGAAUUCUACAUCGUCUGCUCGCCAAAUGUCAAGCAGCAAUUAAUCGAAGUGAUGGGAGACGUGCACGAUGGAGUGGCAGACACAUGCAUCCAGUACUAUGAGCGCUUCCGCAGGCAGACGUACGUCACCCCCAAGUCUUUCUUGUCGUUCUUGGACGGAUACCAGAAGAUCUACACGGGACGCAGGGAGAACAUCGAGAUGAUGGCGUCUCGCAUGAACACGGGGCUCGGAAAGUUGGUGGAGGCAGCGGCAAGCGUCGACCUGCUACGCAAAGACCUAGAGGUGAUGGAGGUGGAGAUCAAGAAGGCGUCGGCACGCGCCGAAGAGGUGCUGGUCGUAGUGACAGCGUCCGCAGAGGCUGCGGAGGUGGUCAAAGCGGAGGUGCAGGUAGUGAAGGACCGCGCUCAGGCGCUCGUCGACGUCAUCGCCGUGGACAAGGCAGAGGCCGACAAGAAACUAGUAGCAGCCAUGCCUGCGCUGGAGGCAGCCGAGGCAGCUCUGCUCACCAUUAAGGCCGGUGACAUCGCCACGGUGAGGAAGCUGGGCAAACCUCCGUACCUCAUCACACUCAUCAUGGACGCCGUGCUGAUCCUCUUCCAAAAGAAGCUUGACCCAGUCAAGCCUGACAUGGAGAAGCAGUUCCUCGUACCAUCCUGGGCCGAAUCCCUCAAGUGCAUGGCAGACUCGCGCUUUCUGUUUAACCUGCAAAACUUUCCCAAAGACAGGAUCAAUGCCGAGAUGAUCGACCUGCUGAUGCCGUAUCUGGACUCCCCGUUGUACACGUACGAGGCGGCGAAGCAGGCGUGCGGCAACGUGGCGGGUCUGCUGCAGUGGACGGUGUCCAUGACGUCUUUCUACGCUGUCAACAAGGAGGUGCUGCCGCUGAAGGCCAACCUGGCCAUUCAGAUGGCAAAGCUGAGUACCGCCGAGAAGGAGCUCAACGAGGCGCAGGCCUUGCUCGACGAGAAGCAGCGCGAACUGGACGCCGUCAAAGCGCAGUUCGACAAGGCCAUGGCCGAGAAGCAGGCGGUGCUGGACGAGGCUGAGCGCUGCAAGAACAAGAUGGACGCAGCUACGGCGCUGAUCGACGGUCUGGCGGGCGAGCGAGUGCGCUGGACGGAGCAGUCGGCGCUGUUCAAGGCGGAGAUAGACCGGCUGGUGGGCGACGUCCUGCUGCUCACCGGCUUCCUGUCCUACACGGGGCCCUUCAACCAGGAGUACCGCGCCCUGCUCGUGCACUCGUGGAUCACCAUGCUCGGCAAGCGCUCCAUCCCCUACACCGCCAACCUCAACAUCACGGACUGCCUCGUGGACACCGCCACUAUCGGCGAAUGGAACCUGCAGGGACUGCCCAACGACGAGCUGUCCAUACAGAAUGGUAUCAUCGUAACCAAGGCAGCCCGCUACCCGCUGCUGAUUGACCCACAGACUCAGGGCAAGUCGUGGAUCCGCAACAAGGAGAGGGACAACGAGCUGCAGAUCACCACGCUCUCCCACAAGUACUUCCGAAAUCACGUCGAGGACUGCGUGUCGUUGGGAAGGCCCUUGCUGAUCGAGGACGUGGGCGAGGAACUCGACCCCAUGCUCGACAACGUACUCGAGAAGAAUCACAUCAAGAUGGGAUCCACUUACAAGGUGAAAGUGGGAGACAAAGAGGUGGAUGUGAACGACGAUUUCCGGAUGUACAUCACGACGAAGUUGGCCAACCCGGCGUACACGCCGGAGAUAGCGGCGCGCACAUCGAUCAUCGACUUCACGGUGACGAUGAAAGGCCUGGAGGACCAGCUGCUGGGUCGCGUCAUCCUGUCGGAGAAGAGAGAGCUCGAGACGGAGCGGACGGCGCUCAUCACCGACGUCACCGCCAACAAGCGCAAGAUGCAGGAGCUUGAAGCAAAUCUGCUGUACAAGCUAACCACGGUGCAAGGCUCACUGGUGGACGACGAGACGGUGAUCGAGGUGCUGAACGUGACCAAGAACACAGCGGCUGAGGUGCGCGAGAAGCUGACGGUGGCCGCAGAGACGGAGAUCAAGAUCAACACGGCUCGUGAGGAGUUCCGCCCAGUGGCGACGCGGGGCAGCGUACUCUAUUUCCUGAUUGUCGACAUGGCCAUGGUCAACUGCAUGUACCAGACGUCUCUGGUGCAGUUCCUCGAGCGCUUUGACAUCUCCAUGCAGCGCUCUGAGAAGAGCCUCGCGACGUCCAAGCGGAUAGCGUCCAUCAUAGAGUACAUGACAUUCGAACUGUUCCGGUACAAGUGCCGCGGCUUAUACGAGGACCACAAGUUCAUGUUCACCCUGCUGCUGUCGCUCAAGGUAGACAUGGAGCGGGAGUACGUGUCGCACGAGGAGUUCAACACAUUCAUCAAAGGGGGUGCGGCGCUCGAUCUGAAUGCCGUGACUCCCAAACCCGUCCAGUGGAUCACGGACAUGGCGUGGCUCAACCUGGUGCAGUUGUCCAACCUUCGUCAUUAUCAGUACAUCUUGCAACAGGUGGCUGUGAACGAGAAAGCUUGGCGAGCGUGGUACGAUAAGGAGGCACCCGAGGAGGAGGUGAUGCCAGACGGUUACGAGUCGCUGGACGUGUUCCGGCGGCUGAUGCUGGUGCGCGCGUGGUGCCCGGACCGCACGCUGGCGCAGUCGCGCAAGUACGUGGCUGCAUCACUGGGGCAGCGCUACGCGGACCCGGUGGUGACGGUGAUGGAGCCGAUGCUGGAGGAGUCUCGCGCGCUCACGCCGCUGGUGUGCCUGCUGAGCAUGGGCAGCGACCCCACGCCGCUCAUCGAGGGGCUGGCCCGCCGCCUCGAGGUGCCUUGCAGCGCCAUCUCCAUGGGGCAGGGCCAGGAGGUGCACGCCAGGAAGCUGCUCACCGCCAGCAUGCAGCAGGGAAGCUGGAUUCUUCUUCAGAAUUGCCAUCUGGGAUUAGAUUAUAUGCAAGAGCUGUUUGUUAACCUAUCAGAAAUAGAGAGUUGUGAUCCAAAUUUUCGUUGUUGGAUUACUACAGAAGUUCAUGUUAAUUUUCCAAUUUCAUUGCUGCAAAUUUCAAUCAAAUUUACAAAUGACCCUCCACAAGGGAUGAGGGCUGGACUGCGCCGCACGUAUGGAACAGUAUCCCAAGAUGUACUUGAGUAUACCAACCAACCACAAUACCUGCCCAUGUUAUAUGCCAUCUCCUUCUUACAUUCUGUAGUACAAGGGCGAAGAAAGUUUGGUCCACUUGGUUGGAAUAUUCCAUAUGAAUUUAACAGUGCUGAUUGGUAUGCAUGCACCUUAUUUAUACAAAAUCAUAUGGAUGAUAUGGAUCCAAAGACUGGUGUGAGCUGGAAUACUGUUAGGUACAUGAUUGGUGAAGUCCAGUACGGUGGCCGAGUUACAGAUGAUUUUGACAAAAGAUUACUGAACACAUUUGCCAAAGUGUGGUUUUUGGAGGACAUGUUUUCAGACUCAUUUGAAUUUUUCAAAGGCUAUGGCAUUAUGAAGUUCAGAAACCUAGAAGAAUACUUUCAGGCAAUAGAUGAUAUGCCUCCCAUUGAUCCCCCACAAGUAUAUGGCCUUCAUGCAAAUGCUGACAUUACAUAUCAGAGCAAUACAACUAAAAUGAUUCUGGACACAAUUUUAAGUAUACAGCCCAAGGAAUCUGGUGGCUCAGGAGGCGAAACACGAGAAGCUGCUGUUGCUCGCCAGGCAAUUGACAUGUUACAAAAGCUACCUCCUGAUUAUGAUCCUAAUGAUGUCAAAGAAAGGUUGAGAAUUAUGGGGAGUCUGUCAUCCAUGAAUAUUUUUCUACGACAGGAGAUAGAUAGAAUGCAACGAGUUAUCAAACUGGUGCGUGCUACACUCAAAGAUCUCCUGUUGGCUAUAGAAGGCACAAUCAUAAUGAAUGAGGCACUUAGAGAUGCAUUAGAUAAUAUUUAUGAUGCCCGUGUACCAACUACAUGGAAAAGAGGUUCAUGGGCUUCUUCAACUUUAGGCUUCUGGUUCACAGAGCUUCUAGAACGAAAUGCUCAGUUUUCUGCCUGGAUAUGGGUGAAACGUCCUGUAUCAUUCUGGAUGACAGGAUUUUUUAAUCCCCAAGGUUUUCUGACAGCAAUGAGACAGGAGGUAGCAAGAGCACAUAAGGGCUGGGCAUUGGACGCUGUUACCUUACACAAUGAGGUGACAAAGCUCGCAUUGGAAGAAGUUCGAAUUCCACCAGUUGAGGGUGUAUACGUGCAUGGUCUAUUUCUCGAAGGUUGUGGCUGGAACAAAAGAGCUGUAAAACUAGUCGAGUCUCGCCCAAAACAGUUGUUUGUCAAUAUGCCAGUAGUUCAUGUGUUUGCAAUUAACAGCACAGCACCUAAGGAUCCUAAACUGUAUAUGUGUCCAGUUUACAAAAAGCCAAAUCGAACAGAUUUGACAUUCAUUACUCCAUUGUGGCUCCCUAGUGACAAACCACCGGAUCAUUGGAUACUACGAGGAGUUGCAUUACUAUGUGAUAUAGCGUAA